AUGGCUAAUUUAUCUGUAAAAUGUGUGGCAAAGGGAGGGGCUCUAUCUUUAACUGGUUGUGCUAUUUUACAAAAACUUUUUGUGUAUUUAAAAAAUUUAAAAAUUAAAAAAAAUUCUAAUAUUACCAUUUCUAUUGAAGAAAUUCUUGCUACAAAUAUUUGGCUAGCUAGUUGUUAUUCACUUUUUCCUGUUAGAAUCCUAAUUUCUAAAUUUAAUAUAAAUUCGAAUGAGGGUGAUAUGCGUGUUUCCUAUCGCCUUGGACUUACUCCUGAAGAGGUGGAGGAAAGUGUUAAUAAAGUUAGACAACUGGCCAAUCAAUUAUUUCAAUUCCAAAACCAAAUUUCUUCAAAAAAUGAAGAAGAAAAUAGCCCAAUCAGUCCAAAUUUCCCUGGAAAAUUUGCCUAUUUAUUUUUACUCGAAAAUAAUAAGAAUGGGGGGAAGCUGUCUAUGGGCUUGGAUGAAUUAUUGGAUAGUUUAUUAUGUCAUCAAUUAAUUAUUCAAAUAUCUACAGAAUUAAUAUUAUUUGAAAAUAACAAUGAAUUAUUGAAAACUUUGAUUUUAAGUUGUUUAAAUGUUACAGUGGAAAUUUGUGAACAAUUUGAAGAACGUAAAGGAUUGGGGAAUCUUUUACAGAAAUUAACUGGUUAA